CCGCGGGUCAGAGUGCAUACGUGGCGACAGCAGCUGGCCUGGUGCACGUGCCAUGAUUUUCUCCUCCCGGUUUAAUUUCGUCCUUAAUUUAAUCCUCGUCGAAAAUGGAUUCCAGGGGAACCCUCGCAUUCAUGAUAAUAUUGGGCGCUGUCGCAGUACGAUGGUGUGUUUCCUUGAAUGCAUACUCAGGUGCUGGUAAGCCACCUAUGUUUGGUGACUAUGAAGCCCAACGACACUGGAUGGAGAUCACGUAUCAUUUACCAGUCAAGGAAUGGUAUCACAAUACCAGUGAUAAUGACCUGCAAUACUGGGGCUUGGACUACCCCCCUCUCACUGCCUACCACAGUUGGCUUUGUGGUUAUAUAGCCGAUAAAGUGAAUCCGGAUUGGGUUGCUCUCCAGGGGUCAAGAGGUCAUGAAAGUCCGGCGCACAAACUCUUUAUGAGAUAUACAGUCCUGGUUGCUGACUUGCUCAUAUACAUUCCAGCUGUACUUGCUUUCUUCUUGUGGACAGUGAAAGACCGGUCAAGCGUCCAGCUUCUGUCCUCUCUAGUGGUCACUCUUCUUUACCCUGGCCUUAUUCUUAUAGACUACGGUCACUUCCAAUACAACUGUAUCAGUCUCGGAUUUACUCUUUGGGCUGUUGUUGCCAUGGCAACUAACCAUGAACUGUUUGGGUCGGUCGCAUUUGUUCUGGCAUUGAACUACAAGCAGAUGGAACUCUACCACUCUGUUCCCUUCUUCUGCUAUCUGUUGGGCAGAUGUGUGUGGUCCAAGGAUGAAAUAAGGUUAUGGAAGCUGUUUAAGAUUGGUGCGUUUGUGAUUGCAGCUUUCAUUCUCUGCUGGCUACCAUUUAUACAAGAUGUCAACCAGAUACUUCAAAUUAUUCAUAGAAUAUUCCCUUUUGCAAGAGGUUUAUUUGAGGACAAGGUGUCCAAUGUUUGGUGCUCGCUAAAUGUUCUCAUUAAACUCAAGAACAAACUUAGCCAGCCAUCGCUCAUACAGCUCAGUCUUGCCUCAACCCUAAUCAGUCUAGCGCCCUCUGCUCUUCACCUUUUACUCAACCCAACAGUACAAAAAUUCAAGUAUGCCUUGGUCAACAGUUCUCUGGUAUUCUUCUUGUUUUCAUACCAAGUCCAUGAGAAAAGCAUAUUAAUAGUAGCAUUACCGGUGUGCCUUCUUCUUCAUGAGCAAACCUUCUUGUGUACAUGGUUUCUUCUUAUAUCUGUCUUCAGUAUGCUUCCUCUACUGAUCAAGGAUGGACUAAUUCUUGCCACCGUCCCACUCAUGAUCCUCUUCUACACCGUGUCAAAGGUCAGCCUGAGUUCAUGGGUCAACCCUCCAUCAGACAAGCGAAGGCAGUCUAUCAUCAAGGAUGUUGCUUUCUGGAGCUCUAUGCUGGGUGCCAUUGCACUAACAACGUGUAGUCUUGUCAUCCAGUCCCCGCAACGAUUCCCGGAUUUGUGGCCGGUCUUGGUGUCAAUGUACUCCUGCGGUCACUUCAUCCUCUUCCUUAUCUGUUUCAACUACCUGCAAUUCACAGCCGAGGACUCUGGCCAAGUAACGACUGCAGAGGGAGCUAUUCAUAGCAAGCAGGGCAUAAGGGACGGUUCCCACGCAAAUGCCAAGACAAAGAAAGGUGGGAAGAGAAAGCAGAAAACCAACAAGACGGACUAGCGUUCAGCCAGCCACUGAUUACCUCUGAUCAAGCAAAUGUGUUUUGAAUUUACGGUAAAUUGCCAUUUGGUCUACUUCAUUGUCUUUCCAUUUGGUCUCAUCACACAUGGUCUAAUCCUGCUUCAUCUACAACCAGCUCUUCAUCUAUCCAUUUGGUCCAAUUGCUAUUUAGCCCAUUUAUUAAUUUGUCUUAAUUUGUAGUUUGGCUACACCAGGAGGGUGUUUCAUAAAGCUACUUGUAAAGUUACGCACAACUUUACGAACGACUGGAACAUGUUCUUAGGUCCUAAAUGAAUGACAUAGGGAUGUAUCAUCUAGCACAAGAAGGGGUCACCAGUUGUGUGUAAAGUCACUCGUAUCUUACAAACAGCUUUAUGAAAUACCCACUCGCUUUUCCUCAUAUUUACUUGGGCUAAACAUCACUUGAGUCUAUGGUCUGUGUCUGGUUAGACUAACUGUUUGAUAUGAAACAAAGUGUGGUUUGAUUAAAGGGGAAGUUUACCCUGACGAGAACUACGUUAUGAUAAAAGUAGAAAAAAAAUAGAGGAAUAUAUUGAAGGUUUUUAUAAAAACCUGUCAUAACAGGAUUAUGAAUUUUUGAAGUCAUUACUCUGUGACAUCAGAAAGGAGUGGCCUCUCCAUACAUGUAUGUUGAGUGGCACAAGUUCCCCAAAAUGUCAAUUUCUCAAAAGAAUUGAUACCGAUUUUAUGUGUGCUUGGGAUAUAUCUAAGAAAAUAUCUUUAUUCAUCAUAUUUCAUUAAAAAUUGUAAUUUAUGGAAUUUAUGUUGCAUGACGUGUGAGGGAGCUGCUUGCCUAUGACAUCAAAAAUCAAAAUCCUUACGACAUAAAUCCAAAUCUUUAUGAAUUUAUGACCUUCUUAUUCUUUGAUUUUUUUUUCAAACCUGCACUAAUUAAUUUGUGAUCUACAACAAAAUCUUGAAAUAUGGUUGAUUUGUUACGGAGAGAACAGGUAUUAAUACUUCCAGAUUUAAAAUGCCCCUUAAAGCGAUCACGCCUUCCUCUCUUACCCGAUGAGUCCUCCAUGUUCGACCUGGUCUACUAAUCUAGAGAGAGAGACCAGCCAGUCCCAUACAGUAUGGUUUUCUUCUUGCCACCUUCUAAUGGACCAACCAUCCCUAACGUUAAGGGCAUGAAGUGUCUUGCAUUGGUGAAAUAUGAUUCCAAAGAAUGGACUGAAAGAUGAAAUCCACUAGAAGGGCCAGGGUUGUGGACGAUGUCUCCUGAGAUCAGCAGUAAAAUGCAAAGUCUAGAAAUAGAAUUACCGCUGAAUAAAUAAAUCGAUGUGCUUAUGCUUUUCCUUAGGAAAAUAUUUAACAUCAUUACAUCCGCCAGCAGUACAAUGAACAAGUUCAGUAGUUUAGGACACAAUUCAAAUAGAUCAAAUAGAUACAAAGGCUAUCAGGCUAGCCACCUUUAUUGUGUAAGUGUGCACAACCAUGUUGAGAUUUUAAAAUUUAUUUAUCUAUUUAUGGGAUGGAACACCCUAUCGGGUAAUGCUGGUUUUCUUAGGACUCUUAGGACUGUCCACUGACAUGCAAACCAGAUGUACAACAUUUAUUUGAACAUGGCUACUUACGGAAUGCAGUGGUGAAAUCCACAAUCUUGGGGUAUCAAAUGUAUGAAGAGUCUCACAAGAACGAUAAAUUAAUUGUCUAACAGGUUUUUGAUCUGAAGAUAAAUAAAAAAUAUCACAUAGCAGUGAAUGCAAACAUAUAUGCUUAUAAAUGAAAUAAAAAAAAAUCAAACAGACAUUUGCACACACACACAACAACAACAACAAAAACAUAAUUUCUAGGCAUUUGUUGGUCCUCAUAUACACCUCUCCAUGAUGCUUUACAUACAAAAUAUAAUGCUUUAUGGUGAUGCGUCAGAAUAUUGUCUGCAGGUAAGCCGUUCAAUAAGUGUACCAGUGUAUUAUGAUUGUUGAGACAUGCUCGUAUUCACACAUUAUCAUUCUUUAGAAUGAAAGAAGCCCCUUUUUUGUCUCUGUGUGUCUGAAUGAACAUUAUUACAGCUUACGUUUGCUUCAGUUUAACCAUAUAAAACAGGCAUAUUGUGCAAAAGUAUCAAAGAAGUUGCUUUUCCCAAAUGAAAAAAAUAUGACACAAAAUUGGACGAGUACAUAUUAUGUACAAAGACUGUAUACAUUUUACGUAUAUCAACAGUGUUAUUCAUGAAAAAAAAAUGGAAUCGAGCUUGAUUGCUUGCUGAAGCAAAGUAAUGUUGAAAAAUCUUUCACCUUGCUUCAUAUUGCAGCAUAUAUUCUUGUGCUCAAAGUCUGUUGGUGAAGCCACAUUUCCAACAUCUACAUAAAAGAAUUUACAAACAGAAAAAUACAUAAAAUAUACUGCACGCCCUUCCCACAAUUAUAUUGAUUGUGAUUGUACUUCUAUUGUCGUUGUGGCGUGUGGUACGUCGAAAUUAAACAAAUCCAAGAAUCAGAUCGAGUCUAGAGAGUUGCUGUGUGCACAAUGAGACUGGUUCAAUGUCAUUGGGCUCGUAUCACGAAAUUAAAGAAAUUUUAACAACUACGGACAAGCGACAUGCUUUCCAUGACUGUACAAAAAACAGUACGCCCUCAAUUGGUAAUUUAAAUCUAAAUAAAAUCAAUUUACAAAAUGAAACAAAGAGAGUCAUCAUAAAUUAGAAAUAACGAAAAAUCUUCAUCCUAUACGCGACAGUCGUUGAAGUAGUUGAAUCUGUAUUUGCCCCCCUUUUUGCACAAUUGUUGAUUUCCAUAUUCUUGAAGAGGAAUUAAGUAGAUUUCUAAACCAUCAUGUCGGCAGCCUCAUCCCACAUCGAGACCUUAGUGAUGUUCUCUUUCUUGUCACGGACCUCGAGACUCCCGACACGUUUCAUUUUAUAAACGUUGACCUAUCCUACCUGUUAACACAACAAUCACAAUAGUGUAUUAUCUUCACUCAUCAUACCAAAUUUAUUAUUUCAAAUUUUUUCAUUGUUGACGCUAAUUCUUUCAAAUACUCUUACAAAUCAUAUCUACGCUACAGUGAACUACCUUUAAUCCAAUGGAAAAUUAGGAAAAAAUACUCUAGUAAACUUUUGAGAAGAAAACAGGUGGACAGAUAAAUAUGCCAUUGCCUCGAAGGAAUUUCAGACUGCAAUGGCUGUAUUACGUGCACACGUUGCUAGUAUAUUCCACAACGCACACUGUUUCCCUCUGUGAUUAGAUCACAUGAUAUCCGGUUAGUCAUCACAUGCACAAUCUGAAUUGAUUUGGACUUUUACAUAUUAUAUUCCUCUAU